CCUCUAUCAAGUCUUCCUACUUACAUGUCCAUCUUUCUUAUACCCACUUGUCCCUUGCCCUCCUCAAAGUUCAGACCAAGCUGCUGCUCUUCUCCUCCUCCUUGAUCUCUCCAGGCCAAGCUCUCUCUUUCUCUGAACCCAUACCAAACUUCCACUUCACACAACCAGACCUAGCUACUAGCUAGCUAGACAGAGCAGAGAGAGAGAGACUCAUAUGUUGUGAGCUAUGCGUAUGCUUCUCUCCUAGCUCCACACAAAUUACUCGAUUGGCAGAAGUUUUCUCCUCAUCCAAUUCAAAGUUCAAUUAAUUCACCAAAUUAAGAGCUAUGGCGAACCGGUGGUGGACCGGCCCCUUGAACCUGCCGGAGCAGCCGUCCGGCUCGUCGGCCCCCAAGACCGAGCCCCCGGCCGUCAAAGACCCGGAGCUCAGCCCUGCAGGAGGCGCGCCGGCGGCCGACCACGCUGACGAGACCAACGAGUCCGGCGGCGGGGAGCCGCGCGAGGGCGCCGUGGUGGCGGCGCCCAACCGGCGCCCCCGCGGCCGCCCGCCGGGGUCCAAGAACAAGCCCAAGCCUCCCAUCUUCGUGACGCGCGACAGCCCCAACGCGCUGCGCAGCCACGUGAUGGAGGUGGCGGGCGGCGCCGACGUGGCCGACGCCAUCGCGCAGUUCUCGCGCCGCCGGCAGCGCGGCGUCUGCGUGCUCAGCGGCGCCGGGACGGUGGCGAACGUGGCGCUGCGCCAGCCGUCGGCGCCCGGCGCCGUCGUCGCGCUCCACGGGCGCUUCGAGAUCCUCUCGCUCACCGGCACCUUCCUCCCGGGCCCCGCGCCGCCGGGGUCCACGGGGCUCACCGUGUACCUGGCCGGCGGGCAGGGGCAGGUGGUUGGCGGCAGCGUCGUGGGGUCGCUCAUCGCCGCCGGGCCGGUCAUGGUGAUCGCGUCCACGUUCGCCAACGCCACGUACGAGCGCCUGCCGCUCGACGAGGAGGAGGAAGGCCCGGCGCCGCCGAUGCCCGACCCGCUCAUGGGCGGCGGCCACGGCAUCGCCGACCCGUCGGCGCUGCCCAUGUUCAACUUGCCGCCGAGCAACGGGCAGCUCGGCGGGGGCGACGGCGGCUUCCCAUGGGCGGCGCACCCAAGGCCACCGUACUGAUAUCCAUCAUAUUCAUCGGCGGCAAGGUGAAGCAGUUAAUUGCCUAGCAUGGAGAAUGGCGUCACCGGCGUGCAUGGUUACUGUUCCAUUGGAGAUGGAUGGAUGGAGUGGCGCCAUUAGGUUAGUACAUAUGAUGAAGUGGUAACGAACGAACUAGAGUACUACUUUAAUUUGCUGUCGUGAAAUAAUCAAAUCUCUCGGAGUGUUUAUUUGUACUUAAUUGGAGCUAGCUUAGCUUGCUCGUCAGCUUUGGAUGUGUUGCAUGGAAAUGUUUGGUUUUGAGAUAACUUUAGAGUGGCUUAA